AUGGAAGAUGCACAGGAACAGCAAUCUGAUCUUGGAUCAGCUAAAUCAAUCUCAGCAUCAUCAAUCAAUCAAUCAAUCAUCACUGUAUCCACCAUGUUGUUAAACCUUGUCAAGUUUGCCUCCUGUGCGGAUAAAAGUGAAAUUAAAGGGCAACGUCAAGCAGUGAUGAUGUUGGGAUUACUGGUUCUGCCUAUGUUUCCAAUAUUAACCCUCAUUGUCCAGAACGCGCACACCUUGAGUUCCUUGGUGAACUUGAAGACGGAUAUGCUUCUCACUGAGCUGGUAGUGAAGGAGGGAGAUGAGAUUGCCGCGUGUAUAUCACGGUUACAGGAGGAAAGAUCUAUGGUUGCUUACUACCUAUCAGCUGAUCGAAAUAAAACGCAAAAAGAUAUUCUUCGCAAUGGACUCCAGGAAAAGUUUGCUGAAACCGAUCGGGCAAUCGUUGACAUCUCUAAUUGGGAACAGGAUAAGGAAGGAAGAACAACGUUUGAUCAGCAGUUCAGCAGUAAGAUAAAGUUCCAGAUAAGAUUGGAAGAUUUUCGAACCCUGGUGUUGAAAUCGGGAAACUCAUCGGUAGAUAGUGCAGAGGGGAAAACUGUUUCAAAAAGAUCAAUUACAACAGUUUUAGAGGUUAUGGAUAAGUACAAUGCCGCAAACUAUGUUCUGCUAAAUCAGCUUUCUUCUAAAGUGAGCAAUGUUCCUGCUAAACAGAUCUGGAAAUUCCUGGUUUCCUAUGAGAAUCUGGUUCGAGCAACAGAGCAUAUUGGAAUAGAAACAGUCCAGGGAGUGAGUUUUUACUCUAGAGGGGAUUUAUCAGAUAUUGGAGUCAAAUUAUUCAUACAAUCUCAUAAACUAGCUGAGGACUACCUGGAACAAACAAAGAUAUUUGUCCCUGAAAUGGUUGAAUACUUAAGCGUUGCACAGUCACAGGAAGAUUUCCUAGUGUAUUCUGCAUUAAAAGACGAUUAUUUCCAGGCAGUAAAUGGUAGCUUGAACUUUGGUCUCCUGAUAACUGGAGACAACUAUUACAAGAGCGCAACAUCAUACACUAGGAAAAUACAGGCUAUUAUUGAGAGGGUUCGAGGACUGAUAAAUAAAUCUGUACAGGACGAACUUUACGCAGCAGAUAAACAACAGGAGCAUUAUCUUCAACUUUCAAACCUUUCUUAUUCAUUUCUUAAUUUUGAAUGCAUAUUUGCGCAGGCUAUAGGUAUUCUGAGUUUAGUAGUGGUUCUUGUUAUUUCUCCUUUCAUCAUACUUCUCUCCAGGAAUGCAAUCCAGAGUGUUCAGAUUUUUAACAGGAGUGUUAAAAAAAAGUCGGAUGAACUAAGAGCUGAGAGAAAGAGAACUGAUAAACUACUAUACAAGAUGCUUCCAUCCAUAGUAGCUGAUGGAUUAAGAAGUGGGAAAAGUACUACAGAAACCUUUCAAUCUGCAACGGUGGCAUUCAUCAAAAUUGACGGAUUCUCAGAUUUUUCCAAGGAAACAAAAAUCAAACUUUUAACAAAAAUUAAACUUAAAAUUUUAGAGCAGAUCUCGGUUUUGUUCCAGUUCCACUCUCCUCUGGACGUGAUGAACAUCUUAAAUCUGAUCUACAGCAAGUUUGACAGCAGGGUGGAUAUGUUCAACGUGUACAAGGUGGAGACCAUCAAUGACAGUUACAUGGUGGCCUCGGGGUUACCAGAGAAGAACGACAUACAUGCGAGUGAAAUAUCUGCACUCUGCCUGGAUAUCUCCAGAACUUGUGAAAAUAUGAAAAUACCUAGAUCUGAAUUAGUUAUCAGGAUUAGUGCUGGAAUACAUACUGGUGGUGUUGUAGCGGGUAUAGUAGGGAGCAAGAUGCCAAGAUACUGUUUGUUUGGGGACACAGUAAACACUGCCUCUAGAAUGCAGUCAUCAGGGGAGGUUGGGAGAAUACAAAUAACUUCAGAAACUAAAUCUUUCCUGGAUAUGCAGGGAGACGACUUUAAGUACACUCUUAGAGGAACUAUAGAUGUGAAGGGUAAAGGUAUGAUGGAAACCUACUGGCUUCUCUCACAAACCCUCAAACCAGAAAUACAAGGAAAAAAGUAAACAAAGAUGUAGACUGCCACUGGACAAAUACAGGGUGUCCCAAUAUAAGUACAGACUUCUAGAUCGCCUUUGUAAAUGCUUUUUGAUUUAGUAAAGUGAUGCCAUAUUAUGUAGGAAAGAUGUAAUCUCUGUUUCGUCAAGUUUAUAAUUUGGUCAUUAAUAUUUUAAUUGUGUUUUCUUGGAUAUGCAAAAUAACCAAUCAGACUUCAUCAAUAGGUUGUAACAAAGUCGUCACGUCAUUCACACGUUCAUUGGGACACCACACCUAUCCAGAUGUAAGAAAUAAAACCAUUAUUAUUGGGACACCACACCUAUCCAGAUGUAAGAAAUAUAACCAUUAUUAUUGGGACACCACACCUAUCCAGAUGUAAGAAAUAAAACCAUUAUUAUUGUUUAAGUACUUGGUAUUUGAAAAGUGGCAAAUAAACUGACAAACUUGUUUAGGUGUUGAUUCUACUUUUUGAAUAGAUUUUACAAUUAUGAAUAAGCAAAAAACAAUUUAUAAAAGUUUAUGACAAAAAAGGUUAUUUUCAACACGAUUCUUAAUGGGUUUGGAACAAAAAUCUGGAAAAAGAAAAGUAAUAACUUUUUAAUUCAUAUCUCAUUUAUCCUUCAUCUGGAAUGUUUUAAUGGUACCGAAGUCAAUCCAACAUUCCACUAUAGAAAUUACUCCAGUCCCCUUAUAGUACCACCAUAGAGAAUAGAAUAUAUAGAGAGGAAUUAAAGGAAUCUCUCGGUAUGAAUUUUUUCAGUCCCUUUCAG